CGUCAUUAGAUGUCAGGAUCAUUUCAUCUUAAUCAGCUUUUUCGACAUCUGUGAAGAAGACGGGUAGGGACUUUUCGAGUCCGAUUCCCAAUUCUGAAUCACACGGAGCUCAUAAACCCAAAAAAAAUCUAGACGCCUGCCGGAGCUGGAGAGGUAUUUGCAUAGGAAAAGUACAUGAAAAUAGCAGACUCGACUCUCGGAUAGAAAGUUGGCAUUUGGUGGAAGGUUCUCGGCUGCAGGGUCAGUCUUACGAUCUGCUACAAAGAAAUCAUGGGGAACCGCUCUCUUGAGAGGAAAGUGCUAGGCUCUGUCUUAACCAUUCUCGUCGUGCUUUCUGCUGUGAACGUUUCGUCUGCAGGUCAGAUUGCAACUUACUGGGGCCAAAGUGGGAAUGACGACGCUGGUUCAGAAGGUAGCCUGGCCGAUCUAUGUAACUCCAACAACUACGGCAUUGUCAUGAUAGCUUUCCUAUCAGCAUUCGGCAGAGGCCAAACCCCUGUCCUGAACCUGGCUGGUCACUGCGAUCCUGCCUCUGGAACUUGUGCAACAUAUGCUUCAGAUAUCGCCGCAUGCCAGAGCUUAGGAAUCAAAGUGCUCCUUUCAUUAGGUGGAGGAGCUGGAGGAUACGGGUUCGACUCGGCUGACGAAGCCAGGCAGCUGGCGCAAUACAUCUGGGAUAACUACCUGGGAGGCAGCAACGACAACAGCCCCUUGGGAGCAGCACAAUUAGACGGCAUUGAUCUGGACAUUGAAAGUGGCGGACCGUCCUACUAUCCAGACUUGGGAGGACGUUUGAAAGAGAUAGCUCAGAACAACAACUACAAGCAGUUGUACAUGUCUGCAGCACCUCAGUGCCCAUAUCCUGACGCGUCUCUGGGUCCGGCAACGGGCACGUUUCUGGAUGCAAGCUUGGCGGACUUCGUGUUCGUGCAAUUUUACAACAACCCCGACUGUGAUUUCCGAGCAGGUGUAAGUGGUAUGGUCAGUUCCUGGACUCAGUGGACUAACAACAUCCCCGGUACACCACAAGUUUUCUUGGGAUUGCCUGCUAGCGCAGCUGCUGCGGGAGGAGGAUAUAUUGAUAGCAGCACUCUGAUAGAGGGUGGCGGCGUGCUCGAGCAAAUCAAAAUGAUCGGCAACUAUGGAGGCGUCAUGCUGUGGGCACCUACGACAGACAGAACAUAUGCGUCGAAUAUCAUAGCCUCUGUUUGAAAAUGUCAAAAUCUCGAGGAUAUUCAAUAUCUGAGAAGCAAAUCUUGGACUAUCGUGAGGCUCAAGACAUACUUCAACUUGUGGUUGACGACUUCAAGUAACUGGAUACCCAACUGACAGUGGAUUUAUAUCGGUAGGACGCGAAUGAGCGUAUCUGUGCAUUCUAGCUGUAUAUCUGACUCAGAUAAGUUACCAGAAUAUUCUUGUAUCUGCUUUAAGAGUACCUAUCGUGUAAUUCUCAGAAACCAAUAAAGAGCUUCUGGAUAUCAUUC